CAUGUACUUUACGCGUUGAAAGCUCUCCGUAGACUUUAUUCUAUUAGUUUCUACUCAGCUCUGCUCACCGAGUCUGUAUGACCCACUAGGUUGGCUCUCAUGGUUCCUCGCACACGAGGAUGUCGCUUCCCGAGUUGGAUCUUUUUAUGCGUCGCUGAAUGCAACAAACUUGCACGUGUAAAAUUACACGAACGUACAAUACAGCCAAGUACGCAAAUACAGUACGAUGAAGAUUGCCUCUGCCUCUCCGAGCUUCAUGUGAGAUCAAUCACAUCGUCUGUAUUGUAUGUUGUCCUCCGCUUCUUCGCUGGAGGUUGUCCAACCGAUCCUUGGGUGGUGGGUGGCAUAAGCCCAGAUCCUAUCCUGAAGACGGACGUCCCACCGACGUUACCGUACGGUGUUACCAUACCGGUGGGGACCUGUGCGGCGGGUGGCCGUGCGAAGUUACUGGGUCCUGGCACAGAGCAGCAGCAGUACUCGACCCAGCUCGUGGUUGCAUAUUCUGAGGGGCGUGGUGAACGUUCACGACCUUUUGGCCCCGAAGUAAUGUGGUGAUCGAGUCGUAGUGUGGUCCAAGGAUACGCUUCAACUCAGCUUCGUCAGUACUGAUGGUCUUCAAUAUAUCUGCACCUUUAGCUUGUUCAGCUUUCCAUCGUAG